AUGGCAGAAUCACUUUCCGCAGACAAAAAUUUAACUGUUCCUCCUUAUCCCGAUGGCUUGAAACAGGUCAAAGUGGAACAGUUAAGCGAAGAGGAGCUCAGAGAAUUCAAGUCAAAACUUGCUGCUAAAGAUGCGCAUCAUGCUGCCGCCCAGCCGGGUCAUGCGGCUAACGCGAGCAAUCUCGCUGGAAUGAGCCUAUGGCAUGAAACGCAACAGACCUUGUAUGUACGAUCAGGCUCUUUCGAAUUUCCUGGCGUCACGGACUUCAACAACACCAUAGUCCAUCUAUAUGCCAAUUCAUACCAUUCAACAUACCGCGAUAACAAGAACGACAACAAUAGUUUCAACUUUUGGGACGCCCAAGGUAGGAUCGUUCUACAUAUUUCCUUUCGGCGACACACACAAACAAUCGUUUUUAACGACAACUUCAACGGACAUUGGGGCUACGAGACCGUUGUAGACUUCCCAACUUGCAUCGAGUACCAGCAAGAAGUGGACAUCCAGGUCUGGACUGGCGGUAGUGAAUCAAUUAUUGUGUUCGGUAAUGAAGGUGGCUGGAGGGUAGACCAUGGUGGCGCUGCUACUGCGCUAACUUAUCGGUCGAAUGAUGAUGGUGAUGCAAUGUUUGGGGACUCGAUCAUGUCUCAGUUCAGCUGGAGGCUUACUUGGUUCACCGCCGAGAAGAGAUAUCAAUCACAUUACACAUUCUCAUGGAAGUAA